AAUCGCCGAAACCCGCGCAUACCAGCAGCCAUUUCCUAACUACUCACCAUAUAUCAAUCGCCAACUCCCAUCCAACACAAGAAAGGAAGCAAAAGAAAAGCAAUAGCAGACAAAAAGCAAAAAUGGCACCAGACCGCUCUAACAUCUCCUUCACCAUCACCCACAUGAACGCCAACCACCAAGACUCCCUAGCAGCCUAUCUCCAAGUCUACUGCCACGUCUCGGCGCGCGAAGCCAAAUCCGCCCGUCUCGAAGACAUCAGCUUAUCCGAUCUCGUCAUCAGCGCCAAUGGCACACGCUACACCGUGCCCAUCGACCCAGCAAUGGAAAGUUUCUCCGAGUCGCGAUCCCGCCUGGUAGCCAUGCACCAGGAAUGUCUUGCGCGACUGGGUCGGUCGGACAUCACCAUCAAGGAGUAUCGGCGGCCAGAGGGGAUAGAAAUCUUCCUCUUCUUCGUGUUUGCAACGGCAUUGGUGGCGUUCUCCCGACGCAGUAACUUCCUACCUGGGUCGUUGUUCUACGAAACGGUUGGACUGGGGGCGGUUCCGCCACUGGCGCAACUGUUUUACAAGACACAGCCGUUUGUGCUUACGGUGAUGGGCGGGUCGCAUGUGGUGGAGGCUAGUUUGCUCACGGUGAAGAGGUUGAGGCGGCAUGGAGUGCCGGUGUUGUCGUUGGUGUGGUGCGCUUGGGUGGUGUCGAAUUUGAUUGAGGGGUAUACAGUGUGGAUGAGGUUUGAUCGGAUGGUGAAGGAGGAGGGGGCGAAGAGGGAGCAUCGGAAGUAGUCAGAUACGUUGUAUGUAAUUCAGAAGAACAAACAUGUCUAUCUACCAGAUUAAUGAACCACAACACAUUGAGAC